GGUCAAAUCUGACGUGGGCGGGGCUUGUUUCCAGGAAGUGAGUCUUGUGGCCCUCACGUUGUUGUCGCUAACUCAACUUUCUGCUGGUCAUUCUUCUCUUACAGCAAAUAAACAUCUGAUUCAACCGGCUCCUAAUCCACCAACAUGGGAGACGAUGAAGAGAAGUAUGACGGCAUGUUGCUGGUGAUGGCGCAACAGCAUGAAGGAGGAAUACAAGAGUUAGUAAACACAUUUUUCAGCUUUCUCCGCCGCAAAACUGAUUUCUUCACCGGUGGUGAUCCAGGUGCUGCAGAGAAGUUAGUCAAAGACUCUCUCACACACCACAGUCAGCUAGCGCUGAAGUUCCACAAAGAGAAGCAGAUGAAACAGGAGAAGGAAAAGAAAGUGAAAGCUGAAAGAGCUGCUAAGCUAGCAGAGGAGGAGGAGAAGAAAAAGACAAAUGACGACGGUCCCAAAAUUCAGGAGCUGACUGAUGAAGAAGCAGAGAAACUUCAGUCUGAACUUGACAAGAAAAAGAAUGAAGAGGAGAAAAAGAAGAAUGCAACAACAAACGCAGAAAAGCCAUCUGACGAAGUAGAAAAACCGAAGGGGUCUGACUCAGAAGGAGAGGAGGAUGAGAAGGACAAAGAUAAACUGAAGCCCAACCAAGGAAACGGAGCUGACCUGCCAAACUACAAGUGGACACAAUCCCUGUCUGAAGUUGAUCUGGUCGUGCCUUUCGAUGUGAAGUUCCGCAUUAAGAGCAGAGACGUAGUGGUGGACAUCCAGCGACGCACCAUCAAGGUCGGCCUGAAGGGACACCCUCCUGUUCUUGAAGGCCAGCUGUACAACGAGGUGAAGGUAGAAGAAAGCUCCUGGCUCAUCGACGACGGCAAGGUUGUUACAGUCCACUUUGAAAAGAUUAAUAAAAUGGAGUGGUGGAGCAAGAUUGUUACCACAGAUCCAGAAAUCAACACCAAGAAAGUCAGUCCAGAGAACUCAAAGCUGUCAGACCUAGACGGAGAGACGCGUGGUAUGGUGGAGAAGAUGAUGUACGACCAAAGGCAGAAAUCAAUGGGCCUGCCUACAUCUGAAGAGCAGAAGAAACAAGACAUUCUUAAAAAGUUCAUGGCUCAGCACCCAGAGAUGGAUUUCUCUAAAGCCAAAUUCAGCUGAGACUCGCUGUAGGAUCCACAUCAUGAUUCAUCAUAUCAGAGCCGACGUCAGGCACCAACCAACCAACCAACCAACUCCCCCUGCAUCUGUUCUCUUCAUACCGGACAUGGUUUUGUUGACUUAACAUGUCUUAUAUAGGUUCAUGUUUUUGUUGUCAUUAUAACAAGGUUGAUGGCUGAAAUGCCCUCAUUCUCUCUUUGCAUGUCGUCCCAAUAUUUAAAGAUGUGACUGGAUUUUUUUUAAAUAAAUGAAUUUAAAAUCAA